GUACCUUUCCACGUAUGGAAUUCUGAGUUUUUUGUUUGGUUGGCUAAUUCGAUUGGCUCGUUCGUUUGUUGCGACGAAAACAUGAUGAAGACGAAGAAUAUGGAUAUUGCUAUGAUAUUAGUGAGGACAAUUGGGUUUCUCUCUUUGAAUGUUACUGUUGAAGUAGAGAUAUGUGGGAAAUUAUUCAAGGUUAGAUUGACAGAAGACACUCACAAUCCUUUGAGGAUUUCCUUUAAUUUGACGAAGCAGGAAGUUAAAAUGGUCGAUUCAUCUUCGGAUUCUAAGGUUGAUUGGAAUAAAGGCGGGGAUGUUAAUGGGGAGGCAAAGUUUAAUGAAUCUUUGAUGGAGGAAUCUCUUUUCAGUGAUGAUAUUAAAGGUAAUUUGACAUAUUUGGAACAACAGUAUGAGGCAAAAAAAAAUUGA